CAAAUUAUCGACUUCACAUUGUCAUUUCUGCUGUGUAAUAAAAAUAGUUAUAAGUAAUACUCUGUACAUUUAGAGUUAAUAUUUAAUUUUAAUAAAUGAACUGAUAUAUUUUAAAUAAGUUUAUAGGUUAUUUAAGCAGUGUCAAUAAUAAGUAAGAUGCGUCUAGCACUAUUUUCCAUAGUGCUUUUAGUUGGAGGUCUAUGCUUGACUCAAGCUUAUGAAGACACCACCCUAGAGGAUGAUGAUUUUGCUGAGUUUGAGCAGUUUGAUGCUGAUGAUGACACCCCAGUUGUUGAUGUGAAUGAUGAUGAUGUCCCAGUUAAGCCAAAGAUAGUUACUAAAGAACCUGUGGUGUCCAGUGUGGAGCCAGAGGAUGAAAUGGUUGUAGAGGAUGAGGAUAAUGAAUUUGAACACUUCCAAGAUCCAGAAGAGUUUGAAGGUUUCCAAGACAGCAUCCCGAAAACCUCUGAACAACCUAAAAUCACAAUUUCUAAGGUACCUGUGGUAGUAAGGCAAAGGUGGGAUGCCUAUUGGCUGGAAGGCAUUUUCUGCUGUAUGUUGGCCGCAUAUGCAUUAGCUUAUGCUGUUGGACGGGCUAAGAAUACCUCUAUCGCUACCAACUUCCUGAAGCUACAUAAACCACUGCUUGAUGAUAAUUUUACUCUAGUCGGUGAAACAGGUCUAGAUGUAGUAGCAGCGAGCGACGAGCGCGGGUGGCGUCGGGAGGCGGAGCACUGCUUCACCAUGUGGUGCAGCGGCCGCCAGUGCUGCGAGGGGAUGCUGCUCACCCUCAAGCUGAUCAAGCGCCAAGACCUCGUGCACGUUCUGAUGGGCGUGGUCCGUCCCACUCCGGACACUUUGCACAUACGAGUGGAGCUCGGCAAGGACGACAGCGACCCGUUCGUGCUGUGCAUCGCGCAGAAGAAGGUUGCUACGCGGCUCGCCAAGGAGAUGCAGGAUCUGAGCAUGUUCUGCCCGGAGCGGCGUCCGGGCGACAAGCACGGGCUGCCGAGCAGCAUGUGCGUGAUGUCCGAGUGCGCGGAGGCGACCGGCGCGCUGCUCGACUCGCGCGCGCUCGCCGCGCUCGAGCGCUACCACAAGCACGUGCAGUUCGUGCACGUGUCGGACAAGUACUGCGGGCCCAAGCAGAUGGAAGAGACCACAGUGACCAAACCGCCGGACACGGAGAAGGUGAUGCUGGUCAGCCUUGCCCUGGGUCCAGAUGGCGGUGGUGAGGAAGUGAGACCUUUGCUCCUUCUGGUCUUCUACCUGUUGGAUAAGAUUAAACGGCUCCAUCUCAGCAAGGAGGCACUAGCCAAAUGCGAGAAGCGUCGCCAGAAGGCUGCUGAAAUAUGGAUGCGAGGUGCGCACGCGGCCAGGCAGGAACUCGCUGCACAGAAAAGAGAAGAGAAGAGAAAGCAAGAGAAGGAGAGGAUCAUGGCCGAAGACGAUCCAGAGAAGCAACGCCGUUGGGAGUUAAAGGAGCAGAAACGCCAGCAAAAACGCAAGGCGCCGAAAAUGAAGCAACUUAAAGUGAAAGCAAUGUAAAUUUACCUCAGAGCAAUAAAUUCAAUAUUAUUUACAGUGAUUUUGUUAAUUUAUAUCUAAGUGUUAAUUCAUAUUCAGUCAGAGCAAAUAAAUAAUUUAAAUUCAA